AUGGCCCCGAUCCCAGUGGGUGGUAAGGUUACCCGUAUAUUGACAACGCCCGCGUUACUCGGCUUUUUCCCGGUCGCUGCGCACCUUGAUCUCUUCAGUAUUAUUGGGAACGGUGAUGAGUCCCUUUCCGCACGGGACGUUCUGGAUGUCUGUCAAGCCAGAGUUACUGAUGGUGCCCUGAAUUCUGUACCACGUAAGGCUACGCUGUUCCACAAACGUUACAGCUCACUGCUAACAGUCCUUGAUUGGUCAGCUCUACAACUCAUUGAUGACACGUUACUAGCCAUGGGUGGACUGGGUCUGCUAGAAGUAGUUGAAGAGGGUCUAUAUGCCGCAAAUGACCUUACUCGACACCUGGGCUCGACUCCCUCAGCGGUACAUGGGGGAAUUCACUUUACCACGGAGGUUAUCUUCGCCGCGUCAUUUUUGAUGCGAAAACUCAAAGCCGAAAACUUUGCAUACCCUUUCCAGGGGAAUGAGACACCAGUGCAGUAUGCAUAUGGGCUCAUGGGGAGAGAGGAGUACAAGAAGAUGAAUACAUAUGCCAUCAUGGCCGCUGAGGGUCGGUAUGAUAUGGGCGCUGUGCUCCUAGAAGGCGGCCCAUCCACAUCAACCAAGAUUGUGGACAUCGGUGGUGGAAGAGGCGAUGUAUUCCUUCAGUUUAAAGCUGCCUUCCCACAACUCCAGAAAGAAGAUCUGGUGGUCGAGGAAUUUGAGGAUGACCUUGAUGAUGUGCCUGGGGUCACUUUAACCCGCUGGCAUUACAGUGAUGAGAGUAGCCCGCAGCCAGUCAAGAGCGCCCUGGUUUACAAUAUGUCUUGCAUCCUCCAUAACCUCCCAGAUCUCAACGCGGUUCGUCUCUUACAGCGUGUGGCUGAAGUAAUGGCACCAUACUCGCGGAUCCUGGUGCAUGAGGGUAGAAAAGAAAAGGACAUGGCGGCCUUCCACGCAGCGAUGAUAUUAUUGUAUGGUGGACGAGAACGAACUUCCCUAGAGUGGCGCCAGAUGGCCAAGCUGGCAGGAUUGAAAGUAACAUUUGAAGGAAUUCCGGAGACUGAACCGGGGUUCGUUAUACUGGAGUUCAGAAAGGCUUAG